UGGGGGUUUGUGGUCUCUUUGCAUGCAGCUUAUUUGCCCCUUCUAAGCCAAUACAGUGCCCAUAAGAAUCAUGGACCCCGCCAACACCUUGCCUGGUGCCCACCAAGGAAUAAUGCAUCCGACAUGUCUACGCAUUCCCUGUUGUGUGAGAGAAUUGCCAUUGCUAAGGAGCUAAUUAAAAGAGCAGAAGUUCUCUCCAGGUCCCAGAAAAGUGGCAUCGAAGGCGGAGCGAAGCUGUGCAGCAAAUUAAAAGCAGAAUUAAAAUUCUUGCUCAGGGUGGAGGCCGGGAAGGUGUCUGUUAAAGAGUCUCACCUAUUGAGUACAAAUCUCACUCACCUGCAAGCCGUCCUUGAAUCAGCGGAGAACCUGGAGGCCGUUGUGGGCAUCCUCCAUGUCUUUGCCUACGAGGACAGCUUUGGUGAAAAACAAAGCUUGGUGGUGGAUGUAGUGGCAAACAACGGCCACACGUGGGUGAAGGCGGUGGGCCGAAAAGCUGAAGCCUUGCACAACAUCUGGUUGGGUAGAGGCCAGUAUGGAGACAAGAGUAUAAUUGAGCAAGCAGAAGACUUUCUGCAAGCGAGUCGCCAGCAACCUGUACAGUACAGCAACCCGCACAUUAUCUUUGCUUUCUACAAUGGGGUAUCCUACCCCCUGGCAGAGAGGCUUAAAGAGAUGGGUGUGUCCGUGCGAGGGGAUAUAGUUGCUAUGAACGUAUUAAUGGAGCCUGCUGACAGAGACCUCCAGUUAAGCUCGGGCGAGUCUGAUGAAGAAAACGGCAAACACUUGCACGUGGCUAAAGUGAAUCGGGGCCAUCUGAUUGCUAGUGUGGCUUUCCCUACCGAAAUCAGGGUAGACUUGUGCAGGAGGGUUAACUUGGACAUUACUACUUUGAUUACGUAUGUCUCUGCCCUUAGCUAUGGAGGCUGUUACUUCACCUUCAAGGAGAAAGUCUUAACGGAGCAGGCCCUGCAAGAGCGACAGGAGAGCGUCCUCCCAUCCCUGGAAGAAUUCAUGAAGGGCAAGGAGCUGUUUGCUUGUGAAUCUGCAGUCAAAGACUUCCAAGUCAUUUUGGAAACUUUAGGAGGGCCUGGAGAGAAAAACAGGGCCGCAGCACUCCUGGAAAGAGUCACCGUAAUACCGGAUCAACCAUCCGAGCAUGCCUUACGGCUAGUCCUCAGUUCCAAAAUCAAUACCCGCUCACUGACCAUUUUCGGGACAGGUGACACUUUGAAGGCUGUCACCAUGACUGCAAACAGUGGCUUUGUUCGGGCAGCUGCGAACCAAGGAGUCAAAUUCAGCGUGUUCAUUCAUCAGCCGAGGGCCCUGACGGAAAGCAAAGAGUCUUCUGCCACGCCUGUGCUCAAACCCUGACUGAAUCCUAGUCGUGAAGUCUGAUGAUCUGUGGCCUUUAAAACUAUGGAAUCCAGCGGAAUAGGUCUUCCAGAACAAUACCUCAUUCAUGCCACAUCCCCAAGAAACUAUUUUAGAAAUAAAAAUUAACAAAAAUGGUACGCCUACAGCGCAGGCAAAAGAUGGGACAACAUGAUGUAAGGUAUGCAGGGCCUCUGCCACAAGAUGGGAAGGCUGUGUUGAGUUCCCCACCCUCCCACUUCCUGACAUGUGCAGCUCACCCUGUGGCCAUCGCCAAGGAAUGGCAGGAAGCACUGAUGUCUAGUACAGUUUGCACCACAUCCUGGAUACAAGAUGACUCCUUGUAGUGUCAGCCUCCCAUCCCUCAAAAACUCUUUUCCAUCCAAAGAUAAGCACAAAUGAAGCCCCCCCCCCCCAAUUCAGUUCAGUAGAGCAAAGGGCUUAAGGUUGAAAUGCUUAAGUUGGAUUCUGCCUCAGUGCACGGAAUGCAGCCCAGACCGGUGACUUCCUGGAUCUCCAUUGAGCUGAAAGCUACAGGUAAAGAUGAGGCUCUAUGCCUGAGUCCAAACAGUGGCAGAGAGCUCUGUAGGCAAGAUCAAGCCAGAGUUAAGCACUUUAAAAUUCGGUUGAUUUUUAAAAUGGGAGAAGCUUUCAGUACAAUCCCGAAUGUAACAGCUUUCUAAGGCUAUUGGCCUUCGAAUGGAGGAACUCUAAGAGUGACACUUUAAGGCACAGGUGUCAAACUCACGGCCCUUCAGAUGUUAUGGACUACAGUUCCCAUCAUCCCCUGCCAGCAUCAUGCUGGCAGGGGAUGAUGGGAACUGUAGUCCAUAACAUCUGGAGGGACGUGAGUUUGACACCUAUGCUUUAAGGCACUUGCUUAGAUCUAUGAAAAUUGCUGGGUUGGUCAGAUUGUACUGUUUGUGUGAUCUUUUCAGUUUGGUGACUGUACUGUAAUUUGAUUUAUUUGUGGGGUAAUUUUGUUGUCAACAGUACAGCAUAUAAUUAAAAUGUCUCCGUUCCUAAAAAAAAA